GGGUGUAGUCGCCGCCAUUUUUCUUCGCAGGGGGAGAGGGAUCCGAGGGUGAAAGGCGGCGCCGCUCACAUCGCUGCGGCCUUUUUCCACCACCCCCCCCCUCUCGCUUUGGUUCCCAUUUUAACAAACUUGGUUGUUCGCUCGCCUCUUUAAUCAAAUACGUAACAACACACUCAGGACGAAUCCGAUAGCUUCACGGGGGUUUGAAGGGGGCAGUGCGAAAUGUCGGCGCAGGCGCAAAUGCGGGCCAUGCUGGACCAGCUGAUGGGCACGGCGAGGGAUGGUUCAGUGUAUCUUUGCCUGCCUACCUCAGUCUGCAAGGAAAAAACAGAAAAGCGUCACAUUCGCCGAGCCUGUUCUGCGUGAGGUAUAAAGUUUGUGCAGCUGACCAGAUAGUGAAGACGUGAAAUGGUGUUGUGUGCGGCAAUCGCAGUGUGUAUUCUAUCUUUAACUUUGUGUUUUCCUCUCUGACAUUGUGUUCAUUAUGUAUUCAGAGGCAUCCUCCCUGAAAAAAAAACUUGCAUCACACCUAAUAUAUUUUAAGAACACUGAUAUUUACACAUUUUUGCCUUGGAAAUGUUUUCAUACAAAAUGUGCAUGAUGAGUUUUUUUACUGUUUUGUAUUGACAUUAAACAUGUCAUUCUGCUGGAUUUUUAUGGCCUACACAACAGCUGUCAAAGGGUGUGAAUUCCCUUUGUUAAUGUUUUACAGUCCAUGUAUUUUUCUACGUAACUAUAUCCCAAGGCAAUAGCAUAUAUACCCUAGUGCAAUCAACUCACAAUUUUGCCUCGAUCACAUAUCAAAAAGCAGAGCUUUGUCCCUGCCGUCUGUAACAAGGACGGUGCGCGAUGUAUGACAGUGCAUCCGUUAUGAAUGGUGCAAUGCAAAUUGCGCCUUUCUGUCUCCCUGCUAUGUAGCAAAGUGCUGCUUCCGUAUGAGAUGUUGCUGAGAAAUUGAAUCGUAUUUAAAACCCAUUGUUGCAGGUGACGUCAGUCGACAGCGCAUUAAAUUCACAGACGAUGUUGUCUGCAAGAGCCAUCUCCUUGACUGCUGCCCCCAUGACACGCUGGCGGGAACUAGAAUGGAUUUGGGAGACUGCCCAAAGACGCAUGAUCUUGCUCUUCGUGCUGAUUAUGAGAUAGCUUCAAAGAAGAAAGACUACUUCUUCGAAGUGGAUGCUAUGAAGCACUUGCAGUCGUUCAUUGCUGACUGCGACAGGCGAACUGAAGUGGCCAAAAAGCGCCUGGCAGAGACCCAGGAAGAGAUCAGUGCUGAGGUGUCUGCCAAGGCUGAGAAUGUGCAUGCCAUCAACGAGGAGAUCGGCAAGUUGCUUGCCAAGGCCGAAGCCCUGGGCGCUGCAGGCAAUGUGGAGGAGUCCCAGAACGUGAUGGACGAAGUUGAGAAAGUUCGACAGCGCAAGCGUGACGCGGAGGAGGAGUACCGCAACUCGAUGCCAGCGUCUAGCUUCCAGCAGCAGAAGCUGCGCGUGUGCGAGGUGUGCUCCGCCUACCUGGGCCUGCACGACAACGACCGGCGCCUCGCCGACCAUUUUGGCGGCAAGCUGCACUUGGGCUUCAUCGAGAUCCGGGAAAAACUCCAGGAGCUCAAGAAACUUGUGGAGGAGAAGAGGGACAAGAUCGAGCAGGACCGUAUGAGGAGGUUGGACGAGAGAGAGCGCGAGGACAGACCACGGAGGAGGUCGAGGUCUCGAUCUCGGAGCCGCGAGUACAGGGCCUCGCGCUCCUCGGGGGAAGGACGCAGGAGGCGCUCGCGCUCGGGCUCGGCCGAUAGACGGCGCCGCUCCCGCUCGGGCGACCGCCGGCGCAGGCAGCGCUCGCGUAGCCGCUCCCGCAGUCGGCACGGGCGGCACGGCUCCUCGGAGCGCGGCGCCCGCCACACGUAGCCCCGGGCUGCCCCCACCCCGGACUGCGUGUGUGCGAGACAGAGAUAGAGAAUUGUUCCGCUGAGGGACGUGACAUGACGGUCGGGUGAAGACAUCUCAAACCCCAGCACACGCGCUUCAGUGGCCGGACCCCAUCUCCACCCCAUUCCCACGUCCACCGCCACCUCCGAUCCAGCAUGACACGGCACAUUCUCCAAUCAUUCGCCUCUGGCUCCCGCCCACCCCGCCUCCUGCAGUGAAGUGCCGCAUUUUUAGCCACCAUCUGCAUUUCAGCACCCGCCACCACCACGCCCAACGAUCGACCGUUGGCCACAGCCGCCACCACUUUUGGUUUUGCGUUAAGUUUCCAACAGCAACGACUGGGGGCGCACGCUGAGUGUAACGAUUUUGAGUUUUAUUUCUUCCUUUAACGACUUGCGAGGGCCCGCACGGCAAGGGUUCAAAUAGUGCACCGUCGCUUUCCAAUUGCGUGCACACGGUUCCACGCAUGCCAGCUGUUUUUACCGAAGCCCGUACGAUGGUCCCAUUUUGCUGCAACCGAAAGUGCUUCUAGAUGCGACUGGGUGAGCACCAACUCCUCAUUCGUGGUGGUACAAUACACUAUUGGGAAUUGUAAAAUUGGCAAGACGUACCAUUUCGACUGCUAUCAUGUGUGCUCAAUCAAGGAUCCUGCUGUACAAAAUUGUUUUUCGAGAUAAUUGGACUUUGAAAAUAAAACAAUUGGUCAAUAUUGUAACGCAGAAAUGUAUUUUAGUUUGUUUUAUUAUUUUGAGGAGAAAACAUAUGCAUUGUUGAACAUGGUUAUGUAAAUGGGCUAAAUAUUUGCGGCUUUUCUAGUCUUAGGUGCAGCCGUUGUACAUGAAACUUUAUGUUAAAGACUGUCGCUGAGAAUACCACCAAUAUUGAUAGUUUAGUUUCAUUUUUGUAACUACUUAUGGUGAAAUUUGCGUUUCACUUCAUACUGUUCUAUUUAGUUUUUUUAAUGUACAUUUAACAGUGUACCACGUGUUGUAAAAAAAAUACAUUUUAUGUUUUGGUCAUCCCAUGGUUUUUACCAACAUGAGUGAGGUAUCUUAAAGGCUGAUAGGCAUGUGUUGGCUAGUGCCUUCUGGUGCUGGUCACUGUCUUCAAAUGAUGGCCCUCACUGGCAGCUCAUGGCAUCUUUUUUUGGUCAGCCCUCGAACCCACUUGGGGGGUUUCCAUAUUCAGAAUUAACGCAGAGGGCGAUUAAAAUGCAGAGACGCAGUGUAAAUACAAAUGUAUGUAAUGGUUACCCAGGUCACUCGCAAAUUAAAGUUCUGGUCUUUUUAAGAUCUUACCUGGGUAAGCAAAACAUGAAAUACGGGACUGUUUGCAGGUGAGGCACGAACAAAUAAAAACUAUCGCUUUCACCAUUAAUGCUAGCUCGUAACAGAAAAAUGCUUAACAUUUGAGGCAGUGGUCCAUUCUUCAAACGUUAAGCCUAUGGUAUUUUUUUCUGUUACAAAGCAGUGUUAAAUGAUGCACAUUUUAGAGUUUUAAUUUGUGCUCAUGUAUCAAAUUUUGGUUUAUAGCCAGGCUUGACAAUGGAAACGCCAUGGAGUUCAUGCUGUAAAACGCCAGGUGGCUGUUGCGUCUUGAUAACAGGAUUGAGAAUGUGCAACUGGCACAUAGUUUCAAUUUGGAUCUUGGAGAAGUCAAAGGAAAGUGCAAAUUCCUACAGUUAAACAUCUUGGAGGAAUGUGCCUGCAUGGGGACGUGCCGGCCUUGUGGCGCGCGCAUUGCUCAUUGAAAUGAAGCAUUUAAGGGCGAUUUGGGCUUUUACAAGAUGCCCUGGCAAGAAAAUACAUUACAAUUGUUUUUAAUCUACUUAUAUCACCGUUGCAGGUUUGUGAUGGGUUUGUCAAAUAAAGAUGUUAGGCCACAAUUCCAAGCAAA